AUGGCCUCUCAUACAGAGUGUGUGAGAUGUAACAUCUCUAACAUUGUGAAGCUCAGAAGGACUUGCAUGUGGCGGAAACCGGGCAGUGGUGGUGGAAAGAAACCGCCCCGAGAUGUUCCGCCAGGCCACGUAGCAGUGACAGUAGGCGAAGCUAGGAGGAGGUUUGUUAUAAGGGCUGACUACUUGAACCACCCACUUCUCCAGCAGCUGCUAGACCAGGCUUAUGAAGAGUACGGUCAGAGUAAGGAGGGUCCUCUGGCUAUACCCUGUGAUGAGUUUCUAUUCCAGAACAUCAUCCAUUCCCUUGCAAACCAGUUCUCUUGCAAUGUGAACGAGAAGAAGUUGGUGCUGAGCUUGUGGAAGGACUCCGGACCACUACUCAACGGCUUUUCAAGAGGAUCAACGUGCUAG